CUCUCUGGAACAUAAGAACCAUGUCACUGCACCGUGUGUGUGGAGUGCUUGUAUUCUUCAGCUUAUGUCUGAUUUCCUUCCCACCACAUUGCCAUGGAGGAAACAUUCUGGUGUUCCCUCUAGAUGGCAGCCAUUGGAUCAAUAUGAAGAUUCUGCUUGAAGAACUUCAUGCCAGAGGACACAACCUCACUGUGAUCAGGGAAGGCACCAGCAGGUACAUCCCUGAAAAGUCUCCGCUGUACACAUCCAUUAAAAUCGAUCUGGAGAAGGACUUAGUUGACUUUUUUGAUGACUAUCUACAGGAACACGUGAAGAUGCAGAGAGAAGGGGCUUCAUUACUGACUCACUUAAAAGUCACCAUGAAUUUCAUUUCUAUACUUUCUCAGGCCAAUUCACUGUGGGCUGAUGCCACCAUUAAAAUAUUUGAAGAUCAAAAUAUUAUGAAAAGCUUCAUAGAUUCAAAAUAUGACCUGGUUCUCACUGAUCCAGGUUUCGCAUCAGGGCUUGUGCUGGCCAAAUAUCUCAACCUACCUCUUGUACUCAACGUACGCUGGAUCACCAGUGGAGAUGGCCACUUUGUGUUAGCUCCCUCACCACUCUCCUACAUCCCAGUGCCAGGAUCAGGAUUAACAGAUAAAAUGAAUUUCAUCCAGAGGGUCCAAAAUGUGCUUUACCAUGGCAUUAUAUUGUUUCAGCAGAAAUUCAUGGUGGGGCCAUGCUAUGAAACUCUCUGUAACAAAUAUAUUGAGGGAGGAUGUGACACCAUCUCCCUUCUUCAAGAGGCUGACAUUUGGCUGUUCAGGACAAAUUUUGUGUUUGAUUUCCCUCGCCCCACAAUGCCAAAUAUGGUCUACAUAGGAGGAUUCCAGUGCAAACCAGCCCAGCCUCUGCCAGCAGACCUGGAGGACUUUGUUCAAGGUGCUGGGGAGCAUGGAGUGAUCAUCAUGUCCCUCGGAGCAUUGAUUCAAGGUUUGCCCAAAGAAGUUGCAAAUGAAAUUGGCAGCGUUUUUGCCAAGCUGCCUCAGAAGGUGAUAUGGAAGCACAAAGGAGAGCGUCCCUCUACGCUGGGCAACAACACUCUCAUAGUGGACUGGAUGCCACAGAAGGACCUCCUGGGACACCCGCAGACCAGAGUCUUUGUGGCUCACGGAGGAACCAAUGGAGUCCAGGAGGCCAUUUACCACGGGGUCCCUGUGCUUGGCAUACCCUUGUUCUUUGACCAGUAUGACAACCUUCUACGUUUGCAGGAGAGAGGAGCUGGAAAGAUCCUUCAGCUGGCUGAUGUUAAUGGCAACACUUUUGAGCAAGGUAUUAGGGAACUUCUCUAUCAAGAAAGCUACAGACAGAACAUCCAAAGAAUGUCACGUCUGCACAGAGAUCAGCCGAUGGCACCCAUGGAUCAGGCUGUGUUCUGGGUAGAAUAUGUGAUCCGUCACAAAGGGGCUCCUCACCUGCGUACAGAGGCUUAUAAGAUGCCCUGGUACUCAUACUACUGUGUCGAUGUGCUGCUCCUGUUGCUGACUGCAGUAACUGUGCUACUGAUGUCCACUGUGGCCGUUUUUCGGUUUCUUUGCUGCAGAAGGCAAAGGAAGACAAAAUCCAAACAGAACUGACCGAGGUCAAAUUUGUUAAGGAACAAGCUUCAAUAAGUUCUCUUCAGUGCUGUAUUUCGACAGCAACAUGUCUUAAAGGUGAAGUCUGCAUUUCCAGACAAAUCAUGUUGAAGAUUAGCUAGGCAUUAUAUUUGAACAGCAUCUACCAGAUUUGCUGUGGCACAUUAUCCUCUUGCUGUUUAUUUCCCCCUCAGUCUCACCUUUGCCUGACUUUCCCUUUGCCCUGUUCAGAGUAUGAAUGAACAUGAGUAGGAAUGUCUCAAAGCACAGUGGAAUAAUGUUGUGUGGGUUGGUCGAAACCAGUUUAUUUCCUUCCUUGUUCUAAGCUAAGAUCCCAUUUGAAUAUUUAUACUGAAUCUGACAUUAAGUGUACUGGAUUAGAACACACAUUCCACCUUUAAGAUAUCCUACUUAUAUCUCUAAUUUAUAAUGUAAAACAACAAUCUGUCAUUUGUCCGAACAAUACGUACAACAUAUAAAUGUCAUUAAUAUAUCCCUUUUCUGGUUUUCCUCAAAUCAUUGAUGAUAAUAUAAUGUUUACAGCAUGGCUCUGUGAUUUUCAUUUGCAAUGCAAUAAAUGUCCAAACUGCUCAGGAUAGUUUGAGUAAAAUCAAUUCAGAUGUGAUAAAAAUAAAUUGAGACGAUCAAAAUAUUCAAUGAACCGUGUGACAAGUUCCUUUCCAUUUCAUGUGAUUGAGAUAAUGAUCAAUAAAUCUUUAAUCAAAAGGAA